UUUUUCUUUUUUUGGUUGACAUAAAUCUGAUCUGAUUGUGAGUCAUGAGUAAGUAAAGUGAUUGUGGUUUCCUGGAAACACAUCCUUUUCAUGUAGUAGUAAUUUAUGAUGAAACUUAAUAGUUUGCAGUUCCACCCAACUACUUACAGAUAUAUUUUUAACUAAAAUUAUUUUUAUUAAAAAUCUAUUUUCACAAAAUAUUUUCAAAUGUGGCUUUGUGGUUUUUUGUUUAAAAUCUUUCUAUCUAAUACAUUAGCAUAUAAUUUGGAUAUUACCAAUGCUAUUGUAUUUACUACUCCACAAAGUUUAGAAGGUAGACGAAAUAGUUAUUUUGGAUAUGCUACUGCUCUGUAUACUAGCAGUAAAAAUGUCUCUGCAGUACUUAUUGGUGUACCAAGGGCAAAUAUAAGUGAUCUUCAAUCUGUAUUAGAACCAGGAACUGUUUAUGUGUGUUUACUUGAUAAAAUGUGUAAGGAAUGGAUCAUCGACAAUUCUGAAGAUAAAAUUUAUCAGAAUAGAAAUAAUUCAUGGAUUGGAGGAGUUGUUUUAACAGAAAAUAAUAGGAUAAAUUCUAAUAUUCUGGUUUGUGCUCCACGAUGGAAAUAUAUAAAUAAUAAGAACUGGUAUAUGAAUGGUAUGUGUUAUUGGACUACAGCCACUAGUAUAGAAUCUUUUGAAAAAGAAGCAGAGAAAAUGGCCUUAAUAACAAUUAACGAUAAUCAACUUACUUCAUGGAAUGGCAACUUUUUAUAUAAUUUCGGAAUGGGUCAACUUGGUUUUUCUGCGGAUAUGAGAUAUUUUGUUAAUAAAUCAGACUUGAGUGUUGUUUUGGGUUCACCAGGUAUAUUUAAUUGGAAAGGUUCCACAGUAUUAUUGACAGAAUCAACUUCUGGUUACAGGCAAAUUAUUAUUCCAAAUAAUAAAAAUAUUUAUAUGGAUAUUAAUUAUUUAGGAUAUUCAACAACUUCCGGAUUUUAUUUUAGCAAACAGGAACUUUUGUUUGCAUCAAGUUCACCAAGAAGUAAUAAUAUGAAAGGAUAUGUUAUAAUAUAUUCUUUUCCAAAAUAUUCCGGUAAAACGAUUGAUAUUAGUAAUACAUUAAAUGGUUACCAAUAUGGAGAAUAUUUUGGAGCUUCUUUGGCAUCAUGUGAUUUAAAUAAUGAUGAUAAAGAUGAUUUAAUUGUUGGUGCACCUCUUUGGACUAAAGAUAUGGACGAGGGUCGAGUAUAUGUUUUUAUUGCAUGGGAAAAUAACAAUUUUAUGAAAAAACAAGAAAUUGAUGGCAAUGUAAGUGGAGGAAGAUUUGGCUCUUCUAUAACAUGCUUAGGGGAUAUUGAUUAUGAUGGAUACAAUGAUAUUAUGAUUGGUGCACCAUAUGAAGGAGACAGUGGUGCAAUAUAUUUAUACAACAGUAAUAAAAAUGGAAUUCUGAAAUGUAGUCAAAAGAUACUUGGUUCUGAAUUUUCACCAAAUAUUUGUGGAUUUGGUAUAUCAAUAUCAAAACCUUUGGAUAUAAAUAAUGACAAAUACCUUGAUAUUGCAAUAGGAGCUUAUUUAUCUGAACAAGUUGUUCUGUUACCAUCCAUACCUGUUGUUUCAAUAACAAUAGAUCUUGUGUAUUCUGGAAAAAAAUUGUCUAGGGAUUCGAAAUUUUUCUUUAUUUAUAUAUGUACUAUUUAUGAUGGUGUAUAUGCUCCUAAAAACUUAAAUAUCAUUCGUAAUUUAGAAAUAGAUCCAUUAUAUGGAAGAGCAAUGUAUUUGAAAAAUAAUACAAGUAAUUUUACUUGUAUUUUACCAACUGUAUUAAAAAUAUCCGAACGUCAAUGUGAUUUGUUCAAAAUUCACCUUAAGGACAACAUACAAAAUGUGAUUGAUCCAAUUACAUUAUCUGUAGAUUUUAAUAAUACCAUGCAAGAAAGUAACAAAUCAAGUAACAUUUUUCAUAAAUCAUCUGUAAUUAUAAACAAACUGAAUUCAAAACUUAAAGAUGUAAUUCAGUUACCAUUUUUAUUAGAAUGUGGUACUGAUGAUAUUUGUAACUCAGAUUUACGGAUAUCUCUUCGAACUAAUUUAACAUCCAAUAAUACAUACAUUAUUGGAUCAUCCUCGAAUCUGAAACUUAUAGUUGAUGUUCAUAAUAAUGGUGAACCUGCUUAUCAGACACAAGUACACAUUUUUAUUCCAAAUCCCUUGUCAUUAGAGAGUAUACCACCAGCAUGCAUGGAAUCAUCUUGGACAAAUAAGUAUAAUUUGCAAGUAAUAUGUGAUCUUGGAAAUCCUCUUACCAAUGCAACCAAUGAAACAAUGAUAUUAGAAUUAGAUACAAGUAAGAUUCGUUUUGAUGUUAAGAGUUUGGAAUUAUAUGCAAACGUUACUACUCAGAGUGAAGAAAUAAAUCAAUUAGAUAAGAACUAUACUAUGACAAUUUAUUUUGAUAUUGAUGUUGAUAUAGCUAUAGCAGGAAAAGCACAAGACAAUGUAUAUUCGUACUCUCGGAAAGAUGAAAAAAAUUCACAAAAUAUUAAAUUUAAACAUAUUUAUGAAGUACAAAAGUUUGGAAGAAGUCCAAUUAAUGAAGCUAUCUUAAUGGUAGAAAUUCCAACAUAUUGGAAAAACAAAGAUUAUGAUAUAGAGUUGAUUAAUAUAAAUCAUACAAUUGCUCAUAUGGAUGGUAAUAUUCUUAAAUUAAAAAUCAAUGAUUUGGAUCAUUGUAAAAAUUGUCAAACUUUCAAGAGGGAAACCAUUAAUGAAUUCAUUGAUGAAUUUGAUAUGAAUAAUAAAUCAGUUAAUAUUUAUACAAGAAAUGAAACAAAGAUCAAAUAUGAAGAAAAUUUUACUAACACGGAAAAAUUGGUAAUAAAUACACCCGUUGAAAACAGAAUACUGUUCAUUAAUUGUAGUAAUCCAAUGAUUGUGUGUAAACAAAUUGAAUGUAAAUUAAAUCCUUUUACAAGUUCUUUAUCUGUCGCCCAACUUAUAAUUACAUUAGAUUUUAAAUUAUUAAAUAUUCCAUCAUUCAUGUUAGAAAACAAAAAUAUUAUAUUAUUUGCAUCUAAAGGCACUGUAAAUAUCACACAACCAUCCAAUGUUAUUCAAGGAAGCACAAAUAAACCUGAUACUACCAUGAUAAUUACAAAAUUCCAGGGAUCUCCAAUAAACGAACGUGUUGCCGUUUGGAUAUUAGCUUUAUCAAUAUUUCUUGGAAUUAUACUUUUAAUAUUAAUUAUUCUAGGUCUCAUUAAAUUGGGUUUCUUUCAUAGAAAAAGAAAAGAACAACUAGAGGCUUUGAAAGCUAUAUCAAAUGAAAACAAUUCUAAGAUUCUAGAAAUAAUUUCGUCCGAAGUUCUUGAUCAAGAAUAAGUAAAUAAAAAGUAUAUAUUAUGAAGUAUUUUUCAUUUCUUUUAAUUUAUUUUUUAAAACAAGUACAAUAAAUAGUAACGUAUAUAACAUUUUAAAUAAUUGUAUAAAAUGUAAGAUAAAAUAUAUUACUUUCAAAAACAUGAAUUCUUUAUAAAAAUGAGUUAUAAAAAUAGCAACAUAUUUGAUAAAUUCAUUUGUGCUGUUGA